AUGCUGGACGAGCUGCAACGAUGUCUUGGUACGUUUCAGGCUGCGAAGGCCAAGAACGCAAUCGAACGUCUGAAUCAAAACCAGAACCUCUCUGGGCUCUUGCUUCCAGGCACUCCAUUUGCGAAUGCGCUGUACGCGGACAUCUCCGAAUCGUCUGCAGCUGCAUCGAAAUGGGACCCGCUACAGCGACCAAAGCCCAAUGCCGAGGCUGACAUCAGCCAGGCUUCGCGUGAGCAAGAUCUUGGAACCGCCACGUACACUACAAAGGGGCCCACCCCAGACGAAGACCAGAGUCUGAAGCUGAACCGCUCGCAGGAGGCAGCCCUUCGGCUGGUUCUGGAGAGGCGACGGCGCUUCAGUCUUGUCCAGGGGCCACCAGGUACAGGAAAAACGACGACAGCCGUGUCAAUCAUAUGUGGGUGGCUGAGGACGAGAAGGGGGCCAGUUCUGGCAAGCGCCUUCAGCAAUCGCGGAACCGACAACUUGGCAGAGGUGUUGCACAGCCUGGGCGUGAAGGUUCUGAGGAUGGGUCUCUGUCCACAGGACCGACCAUACUCGUUCGAGACACGCCUACGUGAGUGCGGCAAGCAGCGUGGCGACGCAGGAAUGCGACAUGUCAUGGAAACCAUCGAUGUUGUGUGUGCGACCUGUAUUGGCUGUGGAAUGGGCCCGCUGGACAAGAUCAAGUUUCCUUUUGUUGUUAUCGACGAAGCCGCACAAGUCAUUGAGCCUGCAGUCAUCCUGCCUCUGGGCAAGGGCGCCGUGCAGGCGGUCUUAGUCGGCGAUCAAUGCCAGCUCCCUGCGACGGUGUUGUCCCAGGAGGCCCAGAAGGGCGGCUUGGAUAUCUCCAUGUUCGACCGCCUGCUAUCCAUGGGAAUGGAGGUGCAGUUCCUCAGCGAACAGUACCGGAUGCACCCGCAGAUCGCGUCUUUUCCUUCGUGGCGCUUCUAUCGCGGUGACCUGAAGAGCGCUGUGCAGGAAUCAGAUCGGCAGCUCCCGCGGGGGUGUACCUUGACCACCCAUGUGGCGCUCCUACACGUGGAGGCCCGCGAGCAGUCCAGGGGUGCAUCGAAGAGGAACGCUGACGAAGCAUCUUGUGCAGCCUGGCUCGUCGAGCAAAUGAUGAGGCUUUACGGCCGACUGAAAGGUGAUGAGAUCGGUGUCAUCUCUCCAUAUGCCGCGCAGGUUUCCGAGAUCCGAAACGCGCUGCCACGAGAUGCCAGGGAUGCUGUGCAAGUCUCUUCAGUCGAUGCCUUCCAGGGCUGCCAGAAGGACAUAAUCAUUCUCAGCCUAGUCCGCGCGAACCCGCGUGGGGAUGUCGGGUUCGUGUCGGACUGGCGACGGCUGAAUGUUGCCUUCACGCGAUCACGGAAGCUUUGUCUCAUCUUGGCACAUUUGCCGACCUGGCUGAGUACAGAGAGUGCCCUCUUGAGGGAUUGGAUUGGCUUCCACCCGGCCAAUGUGGCAGAGGUCAAGUCGUUCCAGAAGAGCGGCCGCGUUGUUGGUCUAGGCGCUUUGCCUGCAGAGCUGGAGAAGCAGGUGGGGCUGUUGCGGGAGGAGUUCGCCAAGAAUCGCCCAGCAGCAGCCAAGCUUCCGCGGGUGUCAGUGGCGGCAAAGGGAGGUGGCACGGAUGCGGCUGCAACGAAGAGGAAGAACUUGGAAGCUGGCCGGGCGCUGUCUGAAGCCAUCAGCAAAGUAGACGAAGGCCUGCUUGAGGCAGCGCUCAGCAAGGCCAUUGAUGCUGGCAUCCAGAACAGCACUGUGGAAGAAGCCGAGGACUUGCUGCGGCGCAUCGUUUCGCUUCGAGAGCUGAAUGUGGCCGCGAGUGGGGAUGACGAGUCAGUUCUACAGGCUUCCAUUUUCUUAGCACGGCAGUCUGGUGUCAGCGAGACUGACAUCGCGCAGGCAGAGGAAAACUUCAAUUUGACCCUCAAGGCUGCCCUCGAGGAGCGCCUGAGCAAAGAGCGCAAGGAGAAAGCCUCAGCCCGCCUCAGGGAGGCAACGGGCGGCCGAAACAUCAGCGCCUUGAAAAGCGCCAUUGAGCAAGCUCGUGCCGAGGAUGCUGCUUCCGAAGAAGACUUUCAGGCCGCAGAGGAUGCCCUCACCCGGCUUCUUCAAGAAGAAGCAGCCAGGAAAGCUCCUGCACCAAUGGAGCCAGAACCAACAGAACCGGAACCACCGGAGCCGGAACCAGAUGUCCCGGCAGCGGUCAAGCGCGAAGCGCCACAAGCAGCCAAGGCGGAGGACCUCCCCACAGGAAGGCCGAUUCCCAAGGUCCCUGGCAUUAAGCGGAUGCAGCUGCGUGUGCUGGACAAAGUUGGUUGCGGCAUGACUUUGCAGACAACGAAGUGGGGAAUGGUUGUCGAGGAAGUGGAAGCCAAGCCGGGGCAGCCUCUCCUGAAGGCUGGCGAUUGCAUUGUCGAGGUAGAUAAGCUUUCCCUCGUCGGGCUGCCCGAGGAUGUCUGCGAGGACACAUUCGGCACUGCCUUUCGGCAUGGUGUUUGGGUUUCUGCUGUCUCGGGUGCUGAGGCGGGUGUUAAUCGGGAUGACCUUGAUGCAGCCGAGUACGCAUACGACAAGUUCUUCUCCAUGUACGGUUUGGCCGAGGCUCACAGCGAGGUAGCACUGCGCGUGGCCAUCAUGGAGGUGCUCGUCGGACUUGCAUGCUGGGAUGUACUGCUGGGCACCAUGUUGCCGAGUCUAAUUUUGGUGCGAAGGCACGAGCUGCUGGCGUGGAAGCAGCUCUUAUCUCAGAGGCAGAGAUGCGCCUCAGGCGGGACCCUCAGGAAGCCUACGCAAAGUAAUGGUCUCUGA